CCUCGCCUCCGUUCCAUUGUUGGUCACAAUGGCCGAGAGUGCAGGUGGGGAUGGGUGAGCUGGGGACAUGGCCCUGCAGGCGUUUCUCUUCCUCUUUCUCCUCCCCUUGGCCCACGGGCAACACCAGGAGCAGACGUCGUCCGAGCCGUUUUUCCUGUGGCCGGUUGGGAAUCAUACGGUCAUCGUCGGCCGGGAUGUCGGCCUGGACUGCGUCGUCGGCAAUCUCGGGCCUUAUAAAGAUACGAAAAAUUUUUUGAAAGGUGGAAGCACGUCUCAGCUUCAGGGCUUGGCGACCUCGUGCCUCUGGCUGCUGCAAUGUCGGCAUAAAAACAAUUUCUCCAGCGAGGCUCGCUCGCUCGCCCAGACGGACGGUCGAGAACCGACCAUCCGUCGGCUAAAGACUCGGAACGACACGCUGUUGUCGACGCGAAAUGCAACGGGAACUCUAAACGCGAAAUGCAUUGGGGAACUCCGGCAGGUGGCGUGGAUGUACCUGGAACGGCAGAUGAUCCUGUCCAUGCACCGGCACAUGAUCACACGGAUCUCCCGCUUCAGCGUGAGCCACGACAACUACCGGACGUGGCGGCUGCACAUCUCCGACGUGCGAAGGGAGGACGAGGGCACGUACAUGUGCCAGGUGAACACGGAGCCCAUGAUCUCGCAGCUCGGCUACAUCAACGUCGUCGGUGGGGUCGGACGACUUUCUAGGUACGACAUCCUUCUCAAACUCAGCGCUUGUAUCUCCGAUGUCGAUUCGCAGGAGCAUGAAGGCGUAUUCACGAAGAUCCUUCGUCUUUCGAGAAACCAUCACCACCUUGGCAGGUAUCAGCCGGGGUCGGACGACUUUCAAGGAACAACAUCCUCCUGA